AUGAUGAUGUUAUUCAGAUGUUGUAUCUACGAUCUGGCAUUUAAACCAGACGGCAGUGAACUGUUGGUAGCUGUCGAUGUCAGUGUAUGGAUUUAUAACGUAUAUGAUGGCACACUGGUGGUUACCCUUGAUGGACACAAAGAUUUGGUUUAUGCUGUUGCGUAUUCUUGCGACGGUGAUAUCUUUGCUUCUGGUUCGGCAGAUCGGAAUGUGAUCGUUUGGACCGAACAACACGAAGCGAUUUUAAAAUACUCGCACAGUGACUCAGUUCAGUGUCUUGCCUUCAGUCCAGUUGGUUGUUUCCUCCUCAGUUGUGCAGUCACCGAUUUUGGUUUAUGGACAAAAACGGAAAAAAGUGUUGGCAAACAACGUGUAACAAGUCGAUGCACAAGCUGUGCGUGGAAUUCAGAUGGCCGAAUAUACGCAGUUGCUUUAUUUGACGGAACCGUUAUGUUGCGUCUUUUUGAUGUACUUAACCAAGUCAGUUUAUGUCGGGAAGGUGGUAGAGAAAUUGCAAAGUUGACACGUCCGUCUGGUGAAGCAAUAUGGGCUAUGGCUUUUGGUGCGGCCCGAGUUACUGCGUCAGUCGCUUUGGCUUUUUUUUUGAAACUUUCAGUUUUUAAACUGAAGAAAUUAAGAAUUUUUAGGGGGUAUACAGGAGAGAUACUUGCGGUUGCUGACUGCGGACAAACAAUAAUGUUUUACGAUCUUGAAGGGAAACAGGUAGUGUUGGAUGAAAAAAAAUUAGGAUAUGAUCCCAGUGGAAUGGAUUUUUUUAAUUAUGGGCAGUAUCUAAUAAUGUGUGGAAGCAAUCGUCGAAUCACACUUUACAAUCGUGAAGGUACCACUUUGGGAACCAUUGCUGAAAUGGAAUCUUGGGUAUGGUGCGUUAAGUCAAGCCAUGUUUCCAAUGUCAUUGCAGUUGGUUGCGUAGACGGAACGUUAGCUUGCUUUCAGCUUAAAUUUGGCGCAGUUCAUGGAUUACACAAAGAAAGAUACGCAUACCGGGAGAAUAUGACUGAAGUAGUCGUUCAACAUUUUGGGAAACAAACCUCUGUCAAACUACACUGUAAUGAUCUCGUAAAAAAAAUCGCAAUUUAUCGAAAUAAACUCGCGGUGCAACUCUCAGAUCGUAUUCAUAUCUAUCGGCAGAUUAUGGAACGUGAAGAUGGCAAAAUGGAGUAUCGCUUGGUGGAGAAGAUUAUAGGCUCAUUCGACUGCUCUUUAUUGGUCGUUUGCAUGCAGCAUAUAAUACUGUGCACAGAAAAAUUUUUGCAAUGUUAUAAUCACAAGGGAAUGAAGGUUCGGGAUUGGAUUCUUGAUUCGUUGAUUAAAUAUAUCAAAGUAAUUGGUGGUCCAUCUGGGAAGGAGACACUGUUGGUUGGAGAUCGAAAUGGAACAGUAUAUAAAGUCUUUGUCGAUAAUCCAUUUCCAGUUCGUAUUGUACAGGUGAAGCAUGAGGUUUUUUGCUUAGAUGUUAGCCAUUUAAGGACGAAGUUAGCUGUAGUGGAUAAAAGGCGUAUUUGUUCGGUCUUCAACAUUUAUACCAAGCAGUUACUUUUCCAAGAGCCUCACAGUGAUAGUGUGGCGUGGAACGCAGAUCACGACGACCUGCUUUGUUUUUCUGGUGAUGAUGUACUAAAUGUGAAAGCUAAUGAUUUUGCUCCUUCACGACAAGAUAUUAUGGGUAUGGUUGUCGGAUUUUCUGGUAAACGAGCAUUUUGCUUGAAUAUGUUUCGUGUAAGCGCUAUCGAGGUUCCGUUGUCGACGCAUCUAUACAAAUAUCUAAGCAAAGAGAAAUUUGGAAAAGCUUAUGAAAUUGCUGCUUUUGGUGUCACCGAAAGUGACUGGGACCUUCUUGGCACUAAAGCUCUUGAAAGUUUCGACUUAGAAAUUGCAAAAAAGGCUUUUUUCCGAGUUAAAAAUUAUAAAUUUUUACAACUGGUUUAUGAAAUCGAGGAAAUGAAGAACAAUGGGGAGAAUGCAAAUGUUAUUCUGGGUUAUAUAAAAGCAUAUCAAGGUCAGUUCCGUGAAGCUGCAUGCUACUUUCAAAAAGGUGGACAAGAACAGAAAGCUUUAGAAAUGUUCACGGAGCUUCGUAUGUUUGACCAAGCAGAAGAUUUUUUAUCCUCGGCAUCUGGUGAUACUCAAAGAGCGCUGAUGAGGAGGAAGGCUGACUGGGCUAAAAGCUCUAAUGAGCCUCGUGUCGCUGCAGAAAUGUUCAUGGGAUCAGGAGACUACGAUAAGGCGUUAACUUUAAUGAUCGAAAAUGACUGGUUUGACAUGAUCCUGAGUUUGAUGCGACGUUUAGACCGAAGUGAAACCGAUUUGCUGCGAACAAUUGGUACAUAUUUGGUGAAAAAAAAAGAGUAUAUGGUUGCUGCUCAGUUGUUCCUGUCAAUGAACGAUAUACAAUCGCUCGUUGCAAUGCACGUAGAAGCCAAGCAUUGGAAUGAUGCCUUUGCUCUUGCUUCACAGUAUCCCAAGUUCAAAGAGGAUGUUUAUUUGCCGUAUGCGCGUUACCUUGCUGAAAAUGACAGGUUUGAAGAAGCUCAGAAAGCUUUUCAUUUGGCUGGACACGACGAAGAGGCACUUCAGGUGCUUGGACAGUUAGCCGAAAAUGCUGUUAUAGAGCACCGAUAUCUUGAUGCUGGUUAUUACAACUGGCUUCUGGGAAUGCAAUAUCUGUGUUGCGAUUUAGAAGAUAAAGAAAAAUUGCUGAAAAAUAAAGAAAAAAUGAUAAAAGCUGAAUGUUUUUAUGCUUAUGAUGCCAUCAACAGAUACUUCCUUGAACCGUUUGCGAGUUAUUCACCAGAAGCUUUAAUCAACAUUGCUCGGUUUCUAGCGUUCCAACCAGCUAUUCCCAAAAUUUCACGUGUUAAAAUUUUCUUUGUUUUGGCGAAACAGAGUCGUGCAUUAGGAGCAUUCAAAUUAGCUCGAUUUGCUCUGGAACAGUUAAGUUAUCUGAAAAUACCAACUCGACUGGAAUCAAUGAUUGAAACAGCUUCCAUAUUGAUACGUGCAACACCGUUUACUGAUGCUGAACAAUUGCUUCUUAUGUGUUACAAGUGUGGCUCAACAAAUCCUCUUGUUGGCAGCAAUUUUUGCAUACAGUGCAAAAGUCCAUUUGUUUUUUCUUUUAUUUCAUUUGAAAUAUUACCGCUAGUAGAAUUUACUCUAGCAGACAAUAUUCAGCUAGAUGAGGCGAUGGAACUUAUUGAGGCAGAAUCGUUGAACGAAGAAAAAGGAACCAGCUUUCAGCAAAAACUGGCAAAACUUGGAAAAAAAGAGGAAACUUUAUCUCUUGACCGGGAUGAUUUGUUAUCACUUGAGAAAAGUCAAGUUUUCAUGGUUACUAAUCCUCCACCGCUGAAAACUCGUUUUUACUACAACAUUGUUCCAGAAAUAGCAAUAUCCAAAUGCAACUAUUGUCAGCACUUAUUUAUUUCUUAG